AUGAAACUUGUAUGGUUGACAGAUGGGGAUAAGAAUACGAGGUUAUUUCAUGCUUGCGUGUCUGAACGGCAGAGGAAGUCGGUGAUCCAUCGAAUAAAAUCACAACGCGGGGAGUGGCUGGACAGGGAGGAAGAUAUUUCUGAGGAGGCAGUUUCUUUCUUCCAUCACCUGUUUUCGGAUCAACCAGGGUUGAGUUCCUCUCCGGUGCUGGAUGUGAUCCCCAAACUGAUAUCUGAUCAGGAUAAUCUCGAUUUGGAGCGGCACCCCUCUCUUGAGGAGGUUAAGGACGUGGUGUUCUCUUUGGACCCUGACAGUGCUACUGGGCCGGAUGGGUUCUCGGGGAGGUUUUUCACCUAUGCGUGGGAGAUUGUUGGAAAGGAUGUGUAUGACGUAGUAGGUAGCUUCUUUGCUGGUUUGGAGCUGCUAAGGAGCAUAACGGUCACUUUUAUCGUCCUCAUCCCCAAGGUGGGCUCUCCUCAGGAUUUCUCGCAAUAUCGACCAAUUAGUCUUUGCACGUUUGUGAAUAAGAUUAUCUCCAAGCUGCUGGCGAAGAGAUUAGCAAGGGUGCUGCCGCUCUUGAUUUAG